AUGGCAUCAGCUGUGGUCCAGGUAUGUUUUGCUGAUCCACCCAGCAGAUCCCAAUGGAACUUACGGCAUUGUGGUGUACUGUGCUUCAUCAAGGAUAAUAUCCAGCGGUCGCAUUAUCUGAGGGUAUUUUGCCUAGAUAGGCAAUCUGUUGUUUGGGAACAAGAAUUGUACAGUGCUUUUGAAUACUGUGCACCAAGACCAUAUUUCCACACUUUUGAAGGGGAUGAUUGUCGUGUGGGGCUCAAUUUUGCCAAUGACGCAGAGGCAGAAUUCUUUUUGAUGGCUAUAAAAGGGAAUAUGAGAAUCAAAUCGGAAAAACGAGAGCGUCGACGGUUAUCGCAGCAACAGUCACAGCCAUGGGUGAAACCGACUCCAGUGGCUAUCAAUGGAUCAGCAUCGAAAACUACAGUGCGAACGACGAUAACCACAAACAGCGUCAUGACUAAAAAUUCCGAAAAAGACAAAAACAAGAAGCUUACAAAAGCCGAUAUUGGACUACCUUCUGACUUUAAACAUCUUAGUCACGUUGGAUGGGAUCCAAAUCAAGGUUUUGCCCUAGACAAUGUCGAUCCAAAUCUGCUCUCACCUUCGACACUACCAGUGAGAAAUCGACCAUCGAAGAUGCAGAUGGCCAGGUGGGCUCCUCCCUCGCGAUUGAUCGCAGCUCCCUCGUCAUCUUCUUCCAUUAGAAUUUCUUUCCCACUGUCCAUUGCUACACCAGCAGUUCUUCAGCUCGCCCCUGCAUUAAAAAUGGCUCCGGUUACGAUCGUCGCGCCACCACCUUCGCCAGCAGGUAGCCCUCCUCCACCUCCACCACUUCCACCAACGCCAUCGUUGGAUAGACCUUUUCCUUCUCUCCGUUCCUUGGAUCUUCCAUCAACUCCUGUUGCACCUGUUCAGCCAGUCCGUAGUGCUUUAACGGACACUAUCAAAGAAGGACAGAAGAUCGCAUCCGUUCCUGUUGAGGCCGAUCCAUCGAUGAAGAAGGAUUUGAAAUCAUCGGUUACACCUGAUUCAAGCAAAGGUUUGCUCGGUCAAAUACGGGCAGGCAAAAGAUUGAAGCCAGUGGAGAAAGAUGACAACCAAGCAUCUGUGAGUGACGAUGUCAUGGAAGUUAUGGCCGGAGCUUUGAAUCGUGUCUUGGAGGAAAGGUGCCGCGUCAUCCAUUCGGACAGUGAAGACAGCGGACAAGAUCAGGACGACGAUUGGACCGACUAAUUCUGUUUUGCAUACAAAAGUAUUUGA